UAGUUUGUCAAAGACAUUAAGCAUUUGUUGUUCAAUUUUUGAUUUGCGUUUUGCAUUAAAAAAAUAUAAUGAAAGAGUAACGAUAUUUAUUCGAAGUUUUACAGUUUAUUAUGGGUAUUACUGAAAAGCGCUUGUGAAACUAUUCAAACAUACUAUUGUCCAUUGUUUCCACUGUUUAAGGACACUUAUCAAGAAAUUUAAUACUCAAUGAAACCCUCCAAUAAGUACAUACAUAUAUGUCAAGAAUGUGAUGUUGUCAUUGUAACCAAAGAAAUUCUUGAAAUUAACUAAAACUAGUCACAUUAAAUUAAUUAUAAAUGAAAUCUUUACUUUUUUUAUUCAAGUUCGAAUAUUGAAGUGCAGAGUGGAAGUCUUUGUAACAGCGACAAAAAAUUAUAACGUUUUUUUUUAUUCGCAUCAAUGUCGCGAAUGAAUAAAAAAAACCUGAUAUUAACAUAAACCCUUACAUACAUAUUAAAUCGAUGAUAUCUCUCCCCAAACAAACCAACCAAUCGGGUAAAAUUAACGAAAAAGCAAUUGUGUAAAGUAUUUACAAGAUGCGUUAAUUUAAUAUUCAGAUAUGGUUACAAAAGUUAUCAUCACUAUUACCACCUAAUUAAUUAAUAAUUGAAUUUACUUUUAAAAUUACGUGAAGUUUAUAAUCGACAUGAUUAUAUAUGACCAUGUGCGGCCCGGCAAUUACUUCUAAACAUUUCGUUACUAACCUAACCUACUAAGCACUUAUGUGUGCGCAAUAAUCAUGCGAAUUAAAUACGUAACAGCAUCUCGUAAUAAUAUGAUCCUUGCAAAGUUGCUGUAACAGAAAUAAAUGAACGAACAGCUAGUAGAGGUCGUCGUACAAGCUUCUUCUCUCCGAUCGAUAAUCAAAAGUCAUCACUCGCACUUGCGCAUGGAAACAAGCAUGUAGCGCAAAAAGAGUUACUAACUACCAUAAGCAAAAUAAUGAUUUUAACAUCGAUACGUAGUUGAGAAGUGUGGAGGAAAAGAAAACAAAAUUCCUUUAUACUCCAUGGCUAAGCAAAUAAAAAACAUGAAAAAGAGCCAAACGAACAAAACUAAUACAAACGCGAAAAGUAUUCAUCAUCUAGCUUGACUUACUACUAUACCCAGAACAAGCAAAGGCGUCGUAAAUGCAUACAUAGCAUCAUCAUAGCCUGACGAAAAAAAAGAAGAAGAGUCUUUCUCAUCUACAUACCAGUAGCGGCAGCAUUCCUGUUUUUGUUUUUAUGGCAAUUAAAUACGUUUGUGUUUGUUGUUUUUAGUUGAGAAAAAACUUCAACUAAGUGAAUGGAAGUGGAGAUAUAUUCCUUUCAGGCAUAAAUACAAAACGUUGAAUCCAUUUUAACAAAAAAAAAAAAAAUAAAUAAAAGCUGGGCGGCCAAGCAAUCCAAAAACAUAAAAAAAAAACCAGCAAAAUCUUAUCUAUCACCUAAUAUUAUUGCUUUGUAGCUUUCUUUAUUAGUGAUCCGUGCAUCGUCGCUUAAUGGCGAUACGAUUGUAUAACGCGGUAAUAAGUAAUAGAAUGAGAAAUUUACGAAAUAUUAAAAUUUUGCGAUUUUUAAUCGUUUUGACUGCUGUCAUAUUCAUCAUAUUCAUUUAUGCUUCAUAUUCAACUAAUCAAACAUUAUUACCACCGCCCAUGCGUUCGGCAAGCCUGAUAUCUUAUCCCCCCAUUAGUUCAUUUAAUAACAAAUCGAGUGAUUACGACGCUGCUGUGCCGCCCAGUGCUGUUAGUCACAAAAAUAAUAAUUCCGUCAGCAGUGAGCAGCAUACAGCAGACAAGUCUUCUCUUAAUCGUACAUACAAUUCCAGCGAUAAUUUAAAAGAUAGCGUAAAGAGUCACUCGGGCAGUGAUUUAAUAUUUAUCAAAAAGAUAGUACAUCAUCGUGAACCAACGAUUGAUGAAAAUGCUAAUGACAACGGUCCGGACAGCGAUGAUGUGCCCGAUGAUAGUACAUUUGGCAACAAUAAUAACAACAACGAUGCACAACAGUUCGAGGAAUAUUUACAAACGAUUGGAAAUAAUUUGGGAAACAUUAAUCAAUCUAAUGGCAGUGGCGUUCCGAUUUCCACUUCGAACAACGCUGAACAACGUCCACAGCGAAGUAAAGACGCCAAGGACAGUAAAAAAUUGCUACAGAAUGGGAUAGCUGAUAGUAACAGCAACAGCAACAGCAACAAUAAUAAUAACCUUAAUAAAAUACCUGAAUCUGAUGUGUUAAUACCGACAUCGAAUUUGCAAAAAUUUAUAGAGAAUGCCGAUAAAAUAUUAAAAAAUUACACAACACAACCCCUCACGGGACGGGAUGGAACCGAAUCGAUUGUUGCUCAAUCGGAAACUCUCGCUAAAAUAAGUGAAACGGAUCAAGUGCAAGUCGAUAAAAAAAUAUCUAAAGAUAAUCAGCAAGUGAAAAAGGAUGAGGCUUUAGCAUCAUUGAUAGUUAGAAAAACGGAAGGCAUGGCCCCACCGAUCUCCGUUAAAGUAGCAGUUAAAGGUCCUGCAGCUGUUCUUGUUCACAUCAAAAAUAGUACGUCAAGCAGCAAAAGUACCAUUAAACCAACUGUGUCGUCAUCUAAACCGAAAUCUCCCAGUGCCGCUGGGGCUGUUAAAAUCGAUAUUUCCACGCCUAAGUUACCGGUUGACCCAUCGAAGGGUAUACCUACUUAUCAAAUUUAUGAAAGCGGCCACAUAAUGGACGAAAUUGAUUUACAUUAUUUGUGCCCGAAAAAUGGUACCAAAGUGAAACUUUUAAUACUCAUUACGUCGGCUUUGGAGCAUUUUGAUGCCAGAUUGGCUAUACGUCAAAGUUGGGGCCAUUAUGGAGAACGACGUGACGUAUCUAUAGCCUUCGUUUUAGGGCGUACGGCCGACGCGAACGUGAACAAACAAUUAACCGAAGAGAAUUCCAUUUAUGGCGACUUAAUAAGAGGCCAUUACAUAGACUCGUACAACAAUCUUACGCUUAAAACGAUUUCAUCUUUAGAAUGGGUUGAUCAACAUUGCCAAAAAGCUACAUUUAUUUUAAAAACUGACGACGAUAUGUUCAUUAAUGUGUCAAAAUUGCUAUUCUUCUUGGAUAAUCAUGCCAAGGAUAAAAAAACGAUUUACGGACGUUUGGCAAAGAAAUGGAAACCUAUACGCAAUAAAAAAUCAAAAUAUUAUGUAUCUCCUGGACAAUUUGGAGCUGCAGUUUUUCCUCCCUUUACCACUGGUCCGGCAUACGUAAUGACCCGUGAUAUUGUACACGACGUGUACGUGCAAGCAUUGCGUCAAGUGUAUUUCAAAUUGGAAGAUGUUUUCACUACGGGUAUUGUGGCUCAACAAUUGGGCAUCAAACGCGUACACAUCAAUGAUUUUCUAAAUCGACGUAUACCUUUCAAUUCGUGUAACAUUCGUAAAGCCAUUAGCGUGCACAUGAUUAAGCCGAACGAACAAUUUGAUUUAUGGAGAAAACUACUGGACCAGACUAUUAAAUGUAAGGGCAAGAAGAUGAUGUUUUCAUUCAAGAUUUUUACUAACAUGAUGAUUUUUGCUUGUUCGAUUAUCAUUUCUUUAAUUUGUAAACCAUUUUAUAAAGAACGCCAGGGUCCACUACCAGUUUUUAUAUAUUUUUUUUUUUUUAAAUUAUUCUUUUAUUUUCUUUUACUUUAAUUUGA